GACCUUUUAUGACAUGUACACAACUUACAAAUAUUUGACUGUACUUUGAAUCUUUCCCAAAACAAGCCAAAACACAUUUCAACACCAUGUGCUCCUUACUACCAAAAUAUCUCCGAUCCAAAUCCACCACUCUACUUAAUUCCAUGAUGUUUCAACGCCGUUUUUGUAAGCUUCCAAUAGGAGUAUCUAAAGAGGAACUGUUCAGAGAAAGGCUGCAGCCAGAGCUGAUGCCGAAACACAUAGCUAUUAUACCGGAUGGUAACAGGAGAUGGGCUAAAGAGAGAGGUUUGUCACCAGAAAAAGGACAUGAAGCUGGGAAAAAAGUGCUAGGGGAUAUGUGUGGUUAUUGUUCAAAAUGGGGAGUUAAAGUUCUUUCUGCUUAUGCUUUCUCUACUGAGAAUUGGUCAAGGCCCAAGGCUGAGGUAACUUUCUUGAUGACCAGCUAUUUUCAAGGGCUUAUUCAGGACUUCAUGAGGUAUGGGAUGAAAAUGUCCGUCAUUGGUGAUAAAUCAAAUCUUCCAAGUUCUCUUAAAGAAAUGAUAAAACUAGCUGAAGAAACAACAAAGGACAAUACAGGGCUUCAUUUUGUGGCAGCACUUAACUAUGGUGGCAGAUAUGACAUAACACAAGCAACUAAAAGAAUUGCUAGCAAAGUUAAGGAUGGAGUUAUUCAAUUAGAGGAUAUUGAUGACAAAUUAAUUGACCAAGAAUUAGAGACUAAUAAGUGUUUAGAAUAUCCUAAUCCUGAUUUACUCAUCAGAACAAGUGGAGAGCUGAGAAUUAGCAACUAUAUGUUGUGGCAAUUGGCUUAUAGUGAAUUCUACUUUGUGGCUAAGUUGUUCCCUGAAUUGGAUGAAGCUGAUUUUGUAGCAGCUUUAAGGUCUUUUCAGCAAAGGCAAAGGCGUUAUGGUGGACACAAAAUUUAAUAGCAGGACAUCAAUGAAAGAGAAUUAAUGUUUAUUAUUGAUGUUUGUAAUCUUAUGCAAUAAAACUCUCAGCAUGUUGCUAUAGCUUCUUUUAUGUUGCGAUGGAUUUCAAACCUUGAACUUUGAUUUGA